GCACAUCGUCAAUCUCCGUUUACUUGUCAUAGUCUUACGUGAAUUAAGUAUAAUUUAUAAGUUAACAUGUUAUUUGUUAUUUAAAUUUCAAAUUUAAAUAAUUGUAAAAUGUCUGAUCAAAAGGGAAAUACUAAACAAUUUUCUGAUUUUCAUUUGAAAGUCUUGUCAUCCAGUAUUAAAGAACGAAAACUUGUUUUUAAAAAUGCUACAAAUGCUGUUAAAUCUAAUAUUUCAAAUGAGGUGUGGAAUAAUAUUACUGAAGUUUUGCCAAUUGUUUUUAGUCGUUAUCAAGACCUUAGGUCACAGUCAUAUUUUAAAGAAUUUGUCAAAGUACUGAUGGUUUCUAAAUCAGAAGCAUGUUUAGUUAAUUUUACUCCGAUAUUAGCUGAAUAUGUUAAUACAUUUCCUCAUUUAAAUAUAUCGAAUAAUUUGGCGAAAUCAGUUUUUUUUAUGUUGCAAGUCAUCAACAUUAUUUUUAAAGUAUCAUUUAAAGAUUAUAGCAUCUCACAUACAAAUGAAUUAAGACAGCUAAUUGAACUGCAAGCUAUACUAAUACAUUUAGUAGCAAUAUCAAAAAAUAGUCAAUUAUGUUUAAAAGUAUUUAAUGCUAUGAAUGAUAUUUGGAUAAAUGACAAAAGUACAUUAGAAUAUUAUGGAGAAUGUUUAAAAAAAAUUGAUACUAAACCUUACUUAUUAGUCAUUGAAUCAUAUUUACUUAAAUCAAUGGCAUCAACCGACAUGAAUCUUGCUAACAAAUACAAGGAACCAUUUUUGGAAGUAUUUAUUAAAGAAGGAAUUGCUUGUAAAACACGACCAGAACAAGAAUUAAUUAAACAAUGUGCAUUUACUAUUAAUUUAGUUUCAUGUGACGUGUUCAAAUCAAAAUUAUUACCUCCCGUUUUAAAAUCUAUGCUUCGUAAUCCUGAAGUAAUACUGGAAUGCAUUGCUACAGUUAUUUCUAGUAUUACAUUUGAUUUAAGUGCUAAUGCUGUUGAAAUAACUAAAGGAUUUUCUGCUAAUAUCUAUUCUCAAAAUGAAAGAGCUAGAAAUGAAUCUGCUGAUUUAUGUAAGAAAUUGGCUUUAAAAUGUAGUAAUUCAACUGUAGUUUCUAAUAUAUUGAACUUACUAUUCAAUAUUUAUCAUGGUUCCGAAGGAAAAUUGAGUACAUCAGAGCAAAAAAUUAAUAUUCUACAAGCAAUUGGAAAUUUCAGUUUUAAUACAGUAACUAAUGAUGAUGAUUCUCAAAAAUUAGCUGAAUCAGUCAUUGACCAAUUUAUCAAAAUAUUAGAUAAUGAAAUGCAUGAAAAAACGUUAGUACAUGCUAUCCAAAUGCUAACUUUGUGGAGUUCAAAUUUGAAAAAAACCAUACCCAAGGCCUUAAUUAUGUGGUUUAUUAAAGGGUAUGAUAAGAAAUCAUCUGUUUUAUCCGUAAAACUAUCGUAUAUGGAUUGUAUGACAAAUAUUUUCAAAAACAAUUACUCAGUAUAUUCAGUUGAUGUUAUCCCAUUAUUAUUAAAAUGUGUUGAAAAAUGUUCUCAAUCAUCUCAAGCUCCUAUUGUGACAGAAGCUUUGUAUGCUGCAUAUUUGUUAUUAUUAAUCAUAAAUGAAGACCCAAAACUAAAUAAUGAAACCAGGUUUACUCCAUUAUGGAAUGUGGUUCUUAAUUCAGAUAAAGCUUUAUUUUUAAAUGAAAAAUUUUUAUUCCAGUUUACAGAUGAUGUAUUAAAUAAAUUAUGCAUGUUCAGUUUAUUACUGUUAGACAUGAAGUAUGAUCAAAUUAAUGGUUCUAUUGAAUCAUAUUUAAGAUCAAUAAUUGUGAGUCUUCUGUCAAUUAAAUCAUCAGUCCGUGUUCAAACUAAAAAAAAUGUUUUAAAAGCUGUAUCAUUGCCUGGAGGGUCUAAAUUAGCAGCUUCACUGUUGAACGCUACUACACAAUUUCUAGAAUGCCAUAAUGAUUUAGAAAUUAAUCCUAAACACUUAGUAGAAACCAUUCUCAUAUUAUGCCAAAAUAGUAAUAUUAGUGAAGAAGAACAAAAAAUCUUGGCUUUUGAAUCAUUGAAACCUUCACAUCAUCCUUUAAUUGAAUCAUAUGCUCCAAAUCUAUGGAUUAGAAUAGUUAAUCGUUUUCAACUAAAGCCAUCAGUUUUCAUCAGAUUGUAUGAAAAAAAACUUAUUAAACUUCUAAUAGAUGAUUAUUUACCUACCAAAUGUAUGGAAAAUGUUUUAAGUACUAUAACAAGAAUGAAUGGAGAUUCAAUUGUACCUGCAGUUAUUGAUAAAGUUAAACAACAGUUAGAAGAAUGCGAUAAAUAUAUAUGUGUAACAGAGGUCGAGUAUAACAUAUAUUUAUAUCCAGAAGGAGAAUUAUUUGAUAAAUCAAUAUUAGCAGAAAAAGAAAAUGAAAAUAAUAUGAAUAUUAAAAAUAUGAAAAGAGAAAGUAAAGCCUACUCAUAUAAAGAACAACAAGAAGAAAUUAUGCUAAGAAAAGAAAUUGAAGCAAAAAAAAUUAAAGAAGGAAAACUUAAGAAACCAGAACUUUCUGCUAAACAAAAAGAAGCUAUUGCUUUAGAAUUAGAAAAAGAAGCAGCUAUAAGAAAUAGAUUGAAGAGUAUGAAUGAUGAAAUAUUGACUUUAGUUUCAAUGUUGAGAGGAAUUAUUGUUGGAAAUUCUCUCUUAGUUUCUCAGUCAUUGAGAUAUUUGAUACCUGGAAUAAUUUCAAAUUUACAAUCAAUUAUAGCUGCACCACAUUUGAAAAAAAUAUUUAUAGAUUUAGCAUUUUGUGCUUUUCAUGCUGAUGAAACAAAAAAAACCAAAGUUGCAUCUAAAGUUAAUAACGAUCGCAUUAAAUUAUCAAAUUCUCAAAUCAAUGCUAUAGCUUAUUAUACUUUAAGAAAAUUAAAGCCAAAAUGUUUAAUUGAGGAUGCUUGGUUAAAAGAAGAUAUUGAAGUAGCAACAAUCAGGCUUGUUAAUUUAUUUUGUGAUUUAACUAAAAAAGAGCGACAAGAAUUUACAUCUCCGUCAUUUUGUUAUUCUUUCACAUUGAUCAGAGCUGUUAUGUUGGAUUUACCUUUUGAUCAUGAAUUGGUUCAUGAUUGUUUAUUAUUAAUAAAAAAUCAAUCAACUGUUCGUCCUAAAGCAACUUCAAAAGCAAAAAGCAAUUUAGAUCUUCAACGACCUAAAUUUUUACCACGUAUUGAAAUGUUUCAACUUUUGUCUGAAAUAAUAAGCCGUACAACAGGCAGUCUUCAAGACAAAGCUGUAUUAGCAUUUCUAUCAGUUGCUGAUAGUUGCUCUACUAGCGAGAAAUGUGAUCCAGCUAACCGUGAUGAAAUAUUAUGUUUAUUAUCAGCACUUCAGAAUCCCUCUCGUAAUGUUAGAUAUACAGCUAUUAAAGCUUUACAGAAAGUGGUAGAUGCUUUUCCAACAUCAAAAAAAGAUAAUCAUAUUAUACUAAGAAUAACUAAAAGAAUAUGGAUUACUAAAUUUGACAUUUAUGAAGAAAAUAGGGAAUUAGCAAAUGAGCUAUGGGAAUCUUCAAAAUUGGAUAUUAAAAUUAAUGGACUUUUAGAAAAUUUAUUAGAAGAUGUUGUUCAUCCAGUUGCUGAUGUACAAAAGGCUGUGUCUAUUGCUCUUUUUUCACUUUUAAAAGACUCUCCUAUAAAUGCCACAAAUAUUGCAUUAAAAAAAUUACUCACUUUAUAUAACAGUAAAAUUAUGAAACCAGAUAGUAAUGCAGAACUAGAUGAUUGGCAAGGUCGAGUUGGUGUAGCUAUGGCAUUGGAACAGUUGUCAUUAUUAUUAAGUGAUGAUAUGGUGAUACAAUUAGUAAACUUUUUUGUUUCAACAAGUUUAGAUGAUAGAAAUAAUGUUGUAAGAGAACAUAUGCUUAAAGCUGCAGUAGCUGUUGUCAAUUUACACGGAAAAAAUAAUGUUGAUCGCCUAAUGAACAUAUUUGAGAAGUUUUUAAAAAAAGCAACUUCCUCUGAAAGUUUUGAUAAUGUUCGGUUAGGUGUUGUUGUAUGCAUGGGAAGUUUAGCAAGGCAUUUAGAUUCUGAUGAUCCCAAAUUAAAACCUAUUACUAAUAGAUUACUUGAAGCAUUGUCUACUCCAUCACAAGAAGUUCAAGAGGCAGUAGCCAACUGUUUAUCACCUCUUAUGUCAUUGGUCAAGGAUGAUGCAUCAGCUAUAUUAAAAAAACUUUUAACCCGCCUUUUCAAUUCUGCAUCAUUUGGAGAACGCAAGGGAGCUGCUCAUGGAAUUGCAGGCGUUAUUAAAGGUCUUGGUAUUCUAAGUUUAAAGCAGUAUGAUAUUAUGAGUACUUUAACUGAAGCUAUUCAAGAUAAGAAAAAUUAUAAAAAGCGUGAAGGUGCAUUAUUUGCGUUUGAAAUGUUAUGUUCAACAUUAGGUCGAUUAUUUGAACCAUAUAUUGUUCAUGUUUUACCACAUUUGUUAUCAUGUUUUGGUGACAAUAGUGAGUAUGUACGAACAGCUACUUAUGAUUGCUCAAAAGCAAUAAUGAGCAAGUUAUCAGCUCAUGGUGUUAAACUAAUCUUACCAUCAUUAUUGAAUGCAUUGGAAGGAGAUUCUUGGAGAACAAAAACUGGUUCAAUAGAGUUAUUAGGAGCAAUGGCAUACUGUGCGCCUAAACAACUAUCAUCCUGUUUACCAAGUAUUGUACCAAAAUUAAUAGAAGUUUUAAGUGAUUCCCAUAUUAGUGUUCAAGAAGCUGGAGCUCAAGCUUUAAAAGUUAUUGGUUCAGUUAUACGAAAUCCAGAAAUUCAAGCUAUUGUACCUGUUCUUCUUGAAGCUCUUCAAAAUCCAUCAAAUAAGACUGCUCCUUGCUUACAAAUUUUGUUGAAUACUAAAUUUGUUCAUUUCAUUGAUGCUCCAUCUCUUGCUUUAAUUAUGCCAGUAGUACAACGGGCAUUUAUAGAUCGCUCAACAGAAACAAGAAAAAUGGCUGCUCAAAUUAUUGGAAAUAUGUAUUCAUUGACUGAUCAAAAGGAUUUGACACCAUAUUUGCCAAAUAUUAUACCAGGAUUAAAAAAUUCUUUAUUAGAUCCGGUUCCAGAAGUUCGGACAGUUUCUGCUCGUGCUCUUGGGGCUAUGGUUCGAGGAAUGGGUGAAACUAGUUUCCAGGAUUUAUUACCAUGGUUAAUGCAAACUCUUACAUCUGAAGCUAGUUCAGUAGAUAGGUCAGGUGCUGCUCAAGGUCUCAGUGAAGUUGUUGGCGGACUUGGUGUAAAUAAGCUUCACAGUUUGAUGCCAGAAAUUAUUGCAACUGCAGAACGUACAGAUAUAGCCCCUCAAGUUAAAGAUGGCUAUAUCAUGAUGUUCAUAUAUAUGCCAGGUGUAUUUAAUGAUGACUUCAUUCCAUAUAUAAAUCAAAUUAUUACUCCCAUAUUAAAAGCUUUAGCAGAUGAAAAUGAAUUUGUUCGGGAAACUGCGUUAAAAGCAGGACAACGAAUUGUAAAUAUGUAUGCAGAAUCUGCAAUACAACUACUCUUACCUGAGCUUGAACGUGGCUUGUUUGAUGAUAAUUGGCGUAUUAGAUUCAGUUCUGUUCAAUUACUUGGUGAUUUAUUAUACCGCAUAUCUGGUGUAUCUGGUAAAAUGAGUACAGAAACUGCUAGUGAUGAUGAUAAUUUUGGUACAGAACAUUCUCACAAGGCUAUUAUUGGCACUUUGGGAGCAGAAAGACGUAAUCGAGUAUUAGCUGGUUUAUACAUGGGUCGUUCUGAUGUUGCAUUAAUGGUACGCCAAGCAGCAUUACAUGUAUGGAAAGUAGUUGUCACUAAUACUCCACGUACUUUAAGAGAAAUAUUACCAACAUUAUUUACAUUAUUAUUGGGAUGCUUAGCUAGUACUAGUUUUGAUAAAAGACAAGUAGCUGCAAGAACUUUAGGAGAUCUAGUGAGGAAACUAGGAGAACGUGUACUACCAGACAUAAUUCCAAUUUUAGAAAGAGGUCUUGAGUCUGAACAAGCUGAUCAACGUCAAGGAGUUUGUAUUGGUUUGUCAGAGAUUAUGGCAUCUACUAGUAGAGAUAUGGUAUUGACCUUUGUAGAUAGCUUAGUUCCUACUGUCAGUCGAGCAUUAGCUGAUCCUUUACCAUCUGUAAGACAAGCUGCUGCUAAAACAUUUGAUAGUUUACAUUCAACUGUGGGACAUCGAGCAUUAGAUGAUAUUUUACCAUCCAUGUUAAAUAAUUUGAAUAACCCUGAUCCAGAAAUUGCAGAGAGAACUUUAGAUGGAUUACGCCAAGUAAUGGCAGUUAAAUCCCGAGUAGUUUUGCCAUAUUUAAUACCUCAAUUGACUCAACCACCUAUUAAUACAAAAGCUUUAUCAAUUUUAGCCUCAGUUGCUGGAGAAGCUCUUAAUAAAUAUUUACAUAAAAUAUUACCUGCCUUAUUAACUGCUCUAUCUAAAACUGAAUCAGCUGCUGAGGAACUAGUAUACUGUCAAGCUGUUGUGUUAGCAGUUUGUGAUGAUGCUGGAACUAUGGUUGAUUUACUAUUAGAUGCCACACAAGCAGAAAAUAUUUCUCAAAAGCAAUCGGCAUUACAAUUAUUGGCUGCAUUUUGCACACAUACAAAAGCAGAUUAUAGUUCAUAUGUUCCUAAACUUUUACAUGGAAUAAUUUAUCAAUUUAAGGAUCAAGAUGAGAAAAAUUUGCAAUUAGCUUGGGAAGCUUUAAAUGCUGUUUGCAAAGUAUUUUAUUAUAUAAUUUACUUUAUUCUCAUUCUUUAUGGCUUAUACAUUUUUUACUUAUUACAGUCUGUCGAUACAAAACAAAGUAAUCAUUUAGUAUUUGAAAUACGUCAAGCUAUAAAAUUUGUGAUGAGUGAUUUCAAGCAUUUAGAAUAUCUUCCUGGUUUUUGUAUACCUAAAGGGGCUGAUCCAUUUGUACCAAUAUUUAGGGAAGCAAUUCUUAAUGGUAGUCCAGAAAUCAAAGAGCAAGCAGCUCAAGGUUGGGGAGAAGUUGUAAAAGUAGCUGCAAAAGAAGGAUUAACAUCUCCUGUACUAAACAUGACUGGACCUCUCAUUCGUAUUUUAAAUGAACGUUAUACUUGGAACAUUAAAUCAGCAAUUUUAGAAACAGUUGCUUUAUUAUUAGCCAAGGCUGGUAGUAAUUUAAAACAGUUUUUACCCCAGUUGCAAACAACAUUUUUGAAAUCAUUACAAGACCCAAAUAGACAAGUUAGGCUUAAAGCAGCUACCGCUUUGAGCCAUUUAAUUGUUGUGCAUUCUCGCACUGAAACAAUUUUUGUUGAUCUACAUUCUGGUGUAAAAAAUUCAGAGGAUAUUACCAUAAAAGAAACGAUGCUUCAAGCUUUACGUGGUGUUAUUUCACCAGCUGGCGAUAAGAUGUCAGAUCAGGUUCGAAGGACUGUAUUUAUGACUUUAAGAGAAGGACUUGGGAAUCCAGAAGAUACUAUACGAAGUGGUACUGCUGGUUGUCUUGGUGCUUUAUGUAAAUGGUUAUCACCUGAACAAUUAAAUGUUGCUUUAAAUGAUCAUAUUUUAAUCGACGAUCCUUCACUAGAUCCAAUAUUGAGACAUGGUAGAAGUUCAGCUUUAUUCGUUGCUCUUAAAGAAUCCCCUGAUUCAGUUUUUAGUUCAUUAUAUUGUGAUAAAGUUAUAAAAACAAUUUUAUCUCAUUUACAAGCUGAUAAGAUUUCUAUUGCAAUGAAUGGAGUUCGAAGUUGUGGAUAUUUAUUUUUACAUUUAAUGAAUAUUUGUUCAACGAUACCAUCACAACUUUUAAAUCCAUUUACCAGAUUGAUGAAUCAAUCGAGUAAUGAAGUUAAGCAGUUAGUGGCACAUAUCUGUUCAUAUUUAGGAAAAUCUGGUGUAACUUUAUCUCCAGAAUUUCAAAAAGCAACUAUACCAAUGUUAGUAAAUGGAACUAAAGAAAAAAAUUGUUACGUCAAAUCUAAUAGUGAAAUAGCUCUAGUAUCGGUUCUUAAAUUGCAACAAGGCGAUGCAACAUUACAGGCUUGUUUAAAUUUAUUGGACACUGGUGCACGUGAAGCGCUAAAUGAUGUUAUAAAUAAAGUAUUACGUAAAGUUUCAACUCAAAUGGACACUAAAAUUGAAGAGCUAGAUGAUACAUUAAUUGCUUGAAAUUUAAUGUAUUUUUAUAAAUCAAUUUUUGUGUGUAAAAAUAAUCAGAUUAAUAUAAAUAACUUUAA